CAAAACUUUUUGUUAUUUCUUUCCUUCUCUCCGUAAACUAUUCUUCUAAGAGUAAAAUUUGUGCUCACCAAUGUCACUCUCUUUAUCCUCCAUCAAAUGUAAGCCACUCCCAUGUCCUCAAAUAUCUUCAACGGUGACUUAUCUACAACCUAUAAUCAGAAUUCAAACUCGAACCCGAACCCGAACCGAUGGCUUUGCGUCCAAGUGUGAGCUGAAUGAACAAUCAUUCCCUAAAGAGACUACAAAGAAAGAUGCGUCUAAAUUGAGCGUAGGUUCUCCAGUUAUCAUUACUGAGGCUCCUCAAAUGAUCAAAACUGCUGCUUCUGUUCCUUGCCUUAGACUCAAUACUGGCUUAGUUAACACCGGCGAUGUUGGAAGGAUUAUUUCUAGGAAACCUAUGGAUGUAUGGGCUAUACGUUUGAGCAUUGGAACAUAUCUUAUCGACAGGAAAUAUUUCAAGCCUCUCGAAUUAGAUGAAUGAUGCAUGGAGCUUUUGUCCUUCGUGGUUUCAUGUUUACAAGCCUGCCGAGGUUUCUUAUAUAGUCUUAUUCAAGCGACUUAUGGUCAUUACUCAUCAAUAUGAUGUAAACAUCCGAUAAUAAUGAAAAAAAUGUUAUAAUUCACUAAUUUGCUUCAUACUUUCUUGCACAUCAUGUUAUAUUAUAGUGAAUUUCAUUAUAUGAAUUGAAGUAUUAUGCACUAUUGAAAAGGUACUUAUAACUUGUAUGUAAGAUGUACCGUUAUUAAUAAAAAGGUACUAUGUACAACUGUAGAAGUAGCUUAGAUAAAAUUCUACUUGUAUAUUCUUUAGAUAUUGCAUUGUGUAUGGAAAUAUGACGUAACAAUUCAGUGA